UCCAAAUGGCUAGUUAUGAAUGAUCCGAAAAAAGAGCAUCUUCCACUGCUUUGCGAUGAUCUAUCUGACGACGAAUAUCAAAUUGAAGCCAGCAACCAAAUAUAUAAACGACGACAGAAUAUUUCCUCGAGCAACGGACGAUCAAAAUAUCACGUUAAAGGCGCAGCUGAAAUUAUCAAGCGUUGGCCAGAUCACAUAUCUUCACUUCUUGCAUAUUGGUGGAUGGGAUUAGCAAUGAUUGGACUGACAGUUUUUAUAAUUUAUAAUAGCGUUGUGGCACUCGCUACAAUGCCUCCUCAAUCAAGACUGAUAAAAAUGCAACCACCAUUAAAAUUAGAUAGUAAGCCUAUUGAGUACUCCGCUUCUUAUAAGACUAUUUACAUGCAUGUUAUAAAUGAUAAUCUUACUAUGGAUCUAAAUGACUAUAUGCCAUAUAUUGAAAUAGUAGCAAAAAACUAUCCUACAUUUAAAUACAAUUUCGUUAUUCUCUUCAAUGAUACAUUAGAUAACGUAGACGACAAUGUUAAUGAUUAUCAAAAAAAUGAAAUUGCACUGAGAUCACUGUUAAAGGAAAAAACUAAAGAUUAUAAUAUGGCAACUCGUGAAAAUGUGUUUAUACAACGAAAAUCACUAACGUCAUUUAUGAACGGGUCACCUUUAAAAAAGUAUUGGAGACAUUUACCACGGAAGUUCAUGGGUUUCCUGAUAAGAUGUAUAUCAAUAUGGAAUAAAGGUGGAAUAUCUAUCAACCCAUUACUAUUUACACCUAAAUCACCACAUCCCGACUACAUGGAUGAAAUUAAAACCAUACUUAAAAAUGAACAAUAUUUAAUAAUGCCAUACAUCACGUAA